CAAUUUUUACCAAGCCUAAAACAGAUUACAACGAUUUACUGAACAAGAUGAGAGUAACAACUAGCAGCCUACAAUGUCACAUUGGAGAAGCCACGCAGAGAAAGAGAAGAAAAUUGUAUUUUCGCCUGAAAGAGUGGACGAACGAGUUUUUACCCAGAAGAAGCUUGAUCAGGUGUGCGACGUAACAUUGAACAGGAAGAGGUUAUCAAAUACGCUUGAGCCACAUUCAAACCAGCUAACCAGUAAAUGAUCUAACUGGAGACCAUGACUCCGUACACCACUCUUUGGCACUGUUUGGGUUCACAUCUCUGCCCACUGAAAGUGCUCAUGCCAGGCAGGAAUCUGAUUGAGAGUGAGGGAGAUAGCCCCGUUUCCCCAGUAGAAAUGAGAGUCGCCCUCCCUUCUCGAAACAAGUCUGGGGAAAACUUCCAGAGUACACUGGUGUUCCGACCUUUCCAGCUAGCGAUUUCCCUCUUUAGAGGAGCAUUUUCUCACAUUGUAAGCCACUGGAUGACUGCCAUGGAGUUAAUGUCAGGAAGAAAACUCUUCCCAUCAGGGAAGGCUGCCCAUCAAUAUCUCAGUUCUGCAUUUUGUGGAAAUCCCCUUGGAAAGUCCAUAAAUUGCAAAGAUAGACCCAGCCUACAAGAUGUAAGGUUGGAUUUUCACAGGGGAUAUGAGGAGGAGGAGAAGCAGCAGUGGGAAUCUGGGCUAGAGGAUGGAGAUUCUGACCUUGAAGACACUUCUGAUUGGCUGGAAGGAGACUCGGAAGAUGACUGUUACAGCUCUGAUUCUGAAGAUGAACUGGACUUGGGUUCUGAUUGUGACUGGGAAAUCCAGCCAGUUGUGUUUAAAGUCUGUGCCUCACCAGUGAAAAAAGAAUCAUUUCUCAACAAGGGUCAGAACAGCCAGUCUGAUCUUCAGGCAACUGAUCACGAGGAUAAGGUGGAGGAAGAUGAUGAUGAUGAGGAUGAUGAUGAUUCUGAUUGGUCAGACAAUUCUGAGGAGUCAGAUUGGGAUGAUGACUCCGAAACAAAUGGGGAUUCAAAAAGGAAUUCGGAGCUUUGGGAAUCUUUCUUCCACAGCAAUGACCCUUAUAAUCCCUUGGGAUUCUCGGCACCCUGUAGAAUGGGGCAAGACUCCAGGGUAGAAAAGACGGAAAUGGGGACAGAGACACCAGAGUUGAGACUGGAGACCGAGGGAGCAAAGGUUGAAGACGACAAAGAGGAGCCUAGAGAGUGCAAACACAAAAAGGUGAGAUUCAGUCCGGUGGUUCAGGUGCACCAUUUGCCAGAGUGUGCAUUUGAUGAUCACGCUGCUCGGAGUGGAUCGUGCUGGGAAGAGAUGGCAAGAGACCGCCUGCGCUUUCAGAGAAGAGUCCAACAAAUUAGCGAGCAGAUUGACUGCUGCCUGCAGUCGGAGCACAGAGAGAGAGUCUGGAAGAGGCUGCAGUCAAACCCUAUGUGAAAAUUCUGAUUUGCAAUGGGUCAAAAUUCCAUUCAGUUUAGAAUGUAUUAAUUAAAUGUUGUUUAAACAAACACCUAAGUUAGUUUUAUAACUGUUUAAAAGCACUGCUAUAAGUUUAAACCUUUUGUGUAUCUAUUUUUGUUAUUGAUUGUAUUUGUUGCUGAAAUUCUUAACUUUGUACAAGAUGUAUUUAUUUCCGAAAAUAUUUAAUGUAAAUAAAAUUAUUUAAAUCGCAA